UUUAAUAAUUUCUUUCAUUGAUGAUUGAAUCAAACUGAGUUUUAUCUGAUGUAAGUUAUUUUAUAUUCAAAUCAAGAUUGAAUUGAACUUUGAAUGGGAUUGGCGAUAUGAAUCCACCCCUAUCGGGCUAGAAAACGAUCCAUUCAACUCUAGAAAACCCUCCGUUCGCUCGUGUCUUUAAUCACGUGGUCUGAAAAACUAAUGCAUGUGUUCAGAAGCCCAUAGGCAGUUCCGUUUCGAAUCCUAACCGUCCACGUCAGCCCGUCCUGACUUCCACGUGAAUCACUGCUUGACUUCAACAUUCCUCUCGGAUUUUCCUUCCCUCUCUUCCAAUUAUUGCAGUCAGAAUCAGCCAUAAAAAUUGGGCUUGAGGCUUCUUAUUGAUCGCAAAAGUCGAUGAAGAUGGAGGUGGAUUGGACCCAAUUGCCACCAGAACUGGUGGAAGCCAUCUCCAAAAAGCUCACAGUCUUCACCGAUUUCAUCUACUUCCGAUCUGUCUGUCGCAAUUGGCGAUCUUCUAUUCCAAAAACCCCUAAUCACCUCCCUCCUCAGCUCCCUUGGCUCAUGCUUCCUCAAUCACAGCCCCACCAAUCCCGUCGCGCCUUCUUCAAUCUUUCUACCUACAAGCUCCACUUCCUCAACCUUCCAGAAGCCUCUCACCGCAAGCGCCACUGCGGCUCGUCUCACGGCUGGCUGAUUAUCCUCGACGAAACCCCAACCGUUCUUCUGCUCAAUCCCCUGACACGUGUCAAAAUUCAUCUCCCACCUUUGGUUACUUUUCCCAACGUGGUUGGUUUUAGUUAUUCUGAUAUCGGCAGAGAAUACACACUUUCGUCUUCUCUGGGUAACCGUUACAAUCUUAAUUUGAGACAAAUGCGGGACGUUUUCAUCAAGAAAGUCGUUCUGUCUUCGAGUCCAGCCAAAGAUUCUAAUUUUAUUGCUGUUGCUAUUCUCAAUCAAACGGGUGAUUUGGCUUAUUGUAAAAAUGGAGGCCAGUGUUGGACUAUAAUUGAAGGCGCACAGUCUUAUUCUGAAGAUGUGAUAUAUAAAAAAGGAUUGUUUUAUGCAGUUGGUAAGGGCGGAUCAAUGGCAGUCUGUGAUGUUAGUGGUGAGGUAUCAAGGGUGUCAGUUAUUCAGAUGCCAAGGCAAAUUGGUGGUGAUUUGCAGUAUUUGGUUAGUUCAGAAGAUGAAUUGUUCUUAGUUACAAGAUAUUUAGGUCUUGAGUUUGAUUUAGAGCCUUAUCAUCCACAUUUUAUCUAUAGAACAAUAAAGUUUGAGGUUUUUAGGGUAAAUUGGAGUGGACCACAGUGGGAAAUAGUGAGAAGCUUGGGUGAUAAGGUGUUGUUUAUAGGAGAAAAUUCUUCUUUGGCUUUGUCAGCAUCUGAUUUUUCGGGAUGCGUUGGAGAUUGCAUAUAUUACACUGAUGAUUACUCGGAGACCAACUAUGAUGACGUUUAUGGAGAAAAUGAUUUGGGAAUUUUCAAGUUACAGGAUGGAAGCAUUGAGCCAUUACCCAGUUAUCCAAGGAAUUUGCAUUACCAGUUACAAUGGCCUCCACCACUUUGGGUUACACCCAAUCCUUGCUGAUUGGGCUUGAAUGUAAGUUCAAAUAUCUAUCUAUGCUGAUGGCUUGAAUGUAGAUUCAAACAUGUUGAUUGGUUUGUAGUAUUUCCAGAUGCACACACACAACUAGUUUCCCUGAUAUGGAAAGUUUGUUAUGUUUUGAUUAGUUGUGGACAUACUGUAAAGGGUGUAUGUUGUUGAAAUUAAAACUCUGUUGAUAUGCUUCAUGUAUAUAUAAUUGUUGUAUAUGCAAUAAUACCGUGCAGACUGUAAUCUUGGUGUUAAGACACCUCUGAGCACAAUAUCAUACAUUCGUUAAAGUUCCUCUUUCA